AUUGCUGCACAGACCGUUCCGAAAGCGUGUUUAGAAACCUCGAACAGCAGCGUUAGGGUCCAUUUCGGCCCUGGAUUUCGAAAACCCAUUUCCGUGUAGAGACACGUUAGUUCCUACGUAUAACUUACGAAGGUGUGUGAAGUUUCCGAGAUUCUGGGUCAAAAGAAAAAAAAAAACAUAAUAUUAAAUAAACAACAUAAGAAUUGAAGGAAAAUCAUCGAUGACUGCCCGGAGUCUCCUUGGCAUUGACAAGGAGAGGUCCCCAGUCAAUUUUCAACUUACCCUACACACAUGUGUAAUGUGCCCCUAAUCAUCUGAAAUCGACGUCUAUCUCUAAAGUGCAGCCCAUAGACGAUUCAGGACUGUGUGGAUACUUACUCGUCUAUGGUCGAACUCUUUAUUUAAUGAAAUCAAUGAGUCUAGUGGAAACCAGUGUGUGUGCUCGCCCUGUCGGAUGGCCUCCGGAUCGAAAAACGGCGAUGACGGAACAGCAGGCGGUGGCGGUCUGGUGAACGUGAACGCUCUAGGAACGAUGCAGACCAAUUCGGACAGCACCCUGGACAUGACGAUGACGUCGAGCACGGUACUGGCCACGCCGGGUCUGAACAACGCCGCGUGGAACCGGCAGCAGGCGGUCAGCGUCAGGCACGCAUUCAAGACUUACGGCAGCAGCAAGAACCCGAAUCAUGUUAUACAAAAUCUGAGCAUGACCGUGGCGAAGGGGUCCAUUUACGGACUGCUAGGCGCCAGCGGAUGCGGCAAAACCACUCUUCUCUCGUGCAUCGUCGGUCGAAGACGAUUGAACUCCGGCGAGAUUUGGGUGCUGGGUGGCAAACCAGGCACGAAAGGGUCCGGUGUUCCCGGUAAAAGGGUCGGUUACAUGCCCCAGGAGAUCGCCCUUUACGGAGAGUUCACGAUUCGAGAGACAAUGAUGUACUUCGGAUGGAUAUUCGGGAUGUGCACCGCCGAGAUCGUGGACAGAUUGCGAUUUCUGCUCCAAUUCCUGGAUCUGCCCUCACAGAAUCGACUGGUGAAGAAUCUCAGCGGUGGUCAACAGCGACGCGUGUCCUUCGCUGUUGCCCUGAUGCAUGAUCCAGAGCUGUUGAUCCUCGACGAGCCGACUGUUGGUGUCGAUCCGUUGCUGCGACAAAGCAUCUGGAACCAUUUGGUCCAAAUCACCAAAGAUGGCAACAAAACCGUCAUAAUCACCACUCACUACAUCGAGGAAGCCCGACAGGCGCACACGAUCGGGUUGAUGAGGAGUGGACGUUUAUUGGCGGAGGAGUCUCCCAGGGCCCUUCUUCAGAUGUACAACUGUGCGUCCCUGGAAGAAGUUUUCCUGAAAUUAUCCAGGAAACAGGGACAAUACGCUCAGCCGCCGGCAGAAUUGAACAUUUCUAAUAACAUUAGUUUGGCUUCUCUGAAUUGGGGCAAGAAGAACGAACCAGUGUACGUAACGGAGGAAUCAGGAGUCGUGGGCCUGAACUUCCAUCAGAGCAAGGAGGUUCUCAUUCACGAUUCGACGAACGGCGUUGGAAACCACUAUGAUCUGAACGGAAAACCGCUAACAGGCAGCAAGAACUCGACGUUGGAGUGCGACGACUGCGGAAACUUCACGGACUGCUAUAAGCUAACGAGUACAGGAAAAAUGAGGGCGCUCUUGCAGAAGAACUUCCUCCGUAUGUGGAGGAACGUCGGAGUAAUGUUGUUCAUCUUCGCCCUGCCAGUGAUGCAAGUGAUCCUCUUCUGUCUGGCGAUCGGUAGGGAUCCAACGGGGCUAAAAUUGGCGAUAGUAAAUCACGAGAUGUUCUACGAGAAUAUGUCCUGUCCGGUGUCGGAGAACUGUGAGUUCACCCACCUAAGUUGUCGGUACCUGAACUUCUUGGACAACGAGACGAUGAUCAAGGAGUAUUAUCGAGAUCCCGACUCAGCGACGGACGCCGUGCAUCGGGGGGAUGCCUGGGGGAUGUUGUACUUUACCGAGAACUUCACAGACGCCCUCGUCGCCAGAAUGGCCCUGGGGAGGGAGGCAGACGACGAGACUUUAGACCAGAGCGAGAUCAGGGUCAGGCUCGACAUGUCCAAUCAGCAGAUAGGACUGAUGCUAGCGAGGAACCUCCAAUAUUCCUACAGAGACUUUGCGAAAAAUCUUUUGUCGGCGUGCGAUCAGAAUACCAAAUUGGCGGACGUGCCGAUCCAGUUCAACGAUCCGAUAUACGGCACGAACGAGCCCAGUUUCACCGACUUUGUGGCGCCUGGAGUGAUUUUGACCAUUGUCUUCUUUCUCGCGGUGGCUCUCACAUCGUCAGUCCUGAUCAUCGAGAGGAUGGAGGGUCUGCUGGAUAGAAGCUGGGUCGCUGGCGUAACGCCUGGAGAGAUUCUCUUUUCCCACGUGAUCACCCAGUUUGUGGUGAUGUGCGGUCAAACCGCCCUUGUCCUGAUCUUCAUGAUUCUAGUGUUCGGUGUCGAGUGCAAAGGAGACAUCGGCUGGGUAAUCGUGCUCACGAUACUUCAAGGCCUCUGCGGCAUGUGCUUCGGUUUCGUGAUUUCAGCGAUCUGCGAACUUGAACGGAAUGCGAUCCAGCUGGCUCUGGGCAGUUUUUAUCCUACGCUUCUAUUGAGCGGCGUGAUUUGGCCCGUAGAAGGUAUGCCAACGUUCCUACGGUACAUAUCCCAGGGUCUGCCGUUAACAAUGGCGACAACGUCGUUGCGUUCGAUGCUGACCAGGGGCUGGAGCAUCUCGGAGCCGGACGUCUACAACGGUUUCAUCUCGACCAUCAUCUGGAUCGUGUUGUUCCUCACGAUAAGCAUAAUGGUGCUCAAGUUCAAGCGUGGAUAAUUCAAUCAUCCUAUUGGGAAUCUAUCAGUAGCCGCGCAGACGGGAACGAAAGAGAGAAAGAAAGCUAAAAAAGGGGCACACUUAUUGGGCUCGUCGUCGAACUUGAGUCGUUGAACACACGAGCUUGGAAAAUUCUAGAAGCGAAAAGGGGUGUCGUUUCCGUGGCUUCCUCGGCGACGAUCUCGUUUAGAUCAUCUGUGCGUGGACCUCCGAACCAUGUGAUGAUGAUGAUGAUGACGAUGCAUCAUUGUGCGGUUGAUCGUGUGCUCUUUAACUUGUGAACGUUUUACUUGAACGAAUGAAUGUAGUCGUGUGAACAAAGUAUGCGUCUGGGUGUUCCUCGGGGACUGAACUCUUUCUUCUCUUUACUUCCGUUUUUCUUCUUCUUCUUCUUCUUCUUCUUCUUCUUCUUCUUCUUC